GUCUUUUCUCUUUCUUUCUUUCUUUUUUCUUUCUACUUCUUCUUCUUUUACUUGACCAUAUACGCGUUUUGUAUAUACAUACAUAUUUAUUCAAAAUAACUCUACUGUAUACUGUCAAAUUAGUUUUCAAUGAGUGAUUAUCAUCACUUGACAGAUGCAGAAGAAUAUUAUGGAUUUUAUUUACCAAACAAUAGCCAGACUAUAGAAUCCCCAUCAACAACCGCUUCCUCCAUCUCCCCUACUGCAGCCAGUAUGCAAUACUCACAAAAUAUGAUUUGGCAAACACCGAACUGUUUCGAUUCAACAUCUAAUAAUUGCUAUUACCCACAACCUUUGUCAUUCCCUACUUACAAUAGUUUUCCUAAUACAACUUCACAUCCAUAUGCCUCAUCUGUAUCUUUACCAUAUAAUCAUUACCAAUCUAACAUACAUUGUCAGCAUCAUCAGCAACAGCAACAACAGCAGCAGCAACAACAACAGCAGCAGCAGCAGCAAUAUCCGAGACAAAAUAUAUACCAAAAAGCUUCUAUAUCAUUUCCAACAGAAAACAUCAACAAUACCAUUCAUUCACCCAUCAUAGACAAAGGAAUGGAGCCUAAAACUUCUCCUCCAUCACCCAAAACAACACCUUUACCUUCUCCCGAAUUACUCAACACAAGCAAGCGCAAGAGAAAAAAUUCCAUCAUGUCUUGCAAGCAAAAAGAAGGAGUAAGGCGGGAUGAUCCUGACCUGGGCAAUGCCAGAGACAGGAACACAAAAACUAUACAUUUUGCUAAAGGUGGCGCUGAUGUAGCAACAAGGAGAGAAGAUCGUUUUGUGAAAAGUAAUACUCAAACUGUCGAUCAACUCGAGAAUGAACUCGCUUUUCUUAGAGACGAAUGUGCAACCAUAUUGAUUAAUCUUGGUUCUCUUCGUAAUGCUUUCCUGGCUCAAAGCCCUCCAUCAGCAUCUACCUCUACCAAUAACAGACAGCCUUUGAUGACAACACUUAGUUUUACGCCGGAAGAAGGGAAGGAAGAAAACAUAAAAAAAAAACAAAAAUCAAUCGCACAGAAUCCAGAAAUGGAGCGUGAAAUGCGAAUCGCUUAUGAUGAUUUAAUGCUCCAAGUUAGACAAGUGGAAAAAAAAUUGAGACAUUAGAAGCUAAAAGCAAAGAAAUAGGCUCAAAUCAACUAUCAAUACCAACAUUAGAAGAAAGCAAUGCAACAAAACGACAAAAACAAUGCUAUUAAGCCUAUCUAAAUUGACUCUAUAUACACUCAAAUAUGCCCACUCUUUUGGAAAAAAAUGAUUCCUCAUGGUCUAUUUUAUAUGAAUUUACCCCUGAUUUUUCCUAAUUUAUGUCUAUACAUGAUCUCGGCCGAGCAAGGCCGAUUAUUCGUAAUAAAAUAAGCUUGUUAAAACUUUGAAUAUUUCUCUUCGUGUUCGACACAUACCAAUGACGUGUUUAAUAGUAAUUCUUGCCUUUGUUUAUCUCCUUCUGCUUCUUUGAAUGAUAGGCAAGUGUUACUGAAUAUAAAUAGAUUUCAAAUCGUUUACCUAUUACCAAGUAAAGAAGAAAAAAAAGAGAAACAAAUAAUACAAUUUACACUGACUGAUUAACUCAAAU